AAAGGUUUGUGUGAAAGAAUUGCUUUGAACAUUUCAGUGUUUUACAAAGCCUCACUUUACCCAUCCCUAGCUGAUGUAGUACACUGCAUAAAUAUUGCAUCACUCUCAUUCUCUCUCUUGUUAAUUUCUCUUCUCUUUUUCAUUUUGGGCACACAGCUUUUGCAUUAGUUGUUACAGUCUAUGCUGUGAACCACAGGAAGAAAACAGGAAGUGGCCUAGGCCAGCACUUCCCCCUAAAACAUCGCAUAAUGCUGUGACAAAGAAACAGUCAGACGCUGAGCAUUCCCCAUGAUCAAGUUUAGCUUUUUGUAAAAGGGCUUUUUUGUUUGUUUUCUGUUGUUGUUAUUUUUGUGGAUACCGUAUUACCUGAUAUAGGCCUAGCCUACUUUAUAUUUCAGAAGAGAACAGUCUAAGGAUCACCUGCAGUGAACAGAUCGCAGCUGGCAUGGAGGACCCUCAGCACCUGCUCUUCUGUACUCUGGAUGAGUUGGGGGAGGCACAGCUGAAGAGGUUCAGGACGUACCUGUCUGAGAGGCAUGUGGAGGGGUUUGAGCCCAUCCCCAGAGGACAGCUGGAGGAAGCUGAUGCUACAGAUGUUGCUUUUAAGAUGAAGCAGACAUAUGGGGGAGAAGGCUCACUGAAAGUUACUCUCAACAUCCUGAGGAAGAUGAACCUCAAUGACCUCGCAGACAAACUGGAGAGGGAUGCCGCCACUGAAUCAGAAAACAAAGACGAUGAUGUUAUUGUUCCAGAAAUCAAAGAAAAACACAAAAAGAAGAUGACUGAGAGGUAUGACAGCAUUUAUGAGUGUAUUGAGGAGAAAAAGAACAAAACACUUCUGAGUAAGAUCUACACUGAGCUCUACAUCACAGAGGGAGAGAGUGAAGGCGUCAACACCCAGCAUGAGGUUCGCAGAAUUGAAAUGCAAUCAAAGCUUCAAAGAACAAAUGAAAGCAUAAUAAACUGUAACAACAUUUUUCAGAGCUUAAUAGUCGACGAGAAAAUCAAAACUGUGAUUACCACGGGAAUUGCUGGCAUUGGAAAAACUGUUUGUGUGCAGAAGUUCAUACUCGACUGGGCAGAGGGAACAGCCAAUCAGAAGAUUGAUUUCAUCUUUGCAUUUCCAUUUCGGCAGUUAAAUUUGAUACAAAACGAUCUGUACAGUCUUCACGAGCUCCUCCUUGACUUUCAUCCUGCGUUAGAAGAAGUCACGAAUCCAAACAUGUUCAAUAAGUCAAAGAUCAUACUCAUAUUUGAUGGUUUGGAUGAGAGCAAACUCUCCCUGAAAGGAAACAGGGAGAUUAGUGAUCCCCUGAAGUCUGUGUCUGUGGAUGUUCUCAUAACCAACCUCAUUAAAGGCAAUCUUCUGCCUUCUGCUCUUAUUUGGAUAACCUCUCGACCAGCAGCUGUCAAACAGAUUCCUUCAACAUACAUAGACAGGUGGACUGAAGUACAAGGGUUCAAUGACGAACAGAAGGCUGAGUACUUCAGGAAGAAGAUUAAGGAUGAAGCUGAAGCUGACAAAGCCAUCACUCACAUCAAAAGGUCAAAGAGCCUCUACAUCAUGUGCCACAUCCCUGUCUUCUGCUGGAUCUUGGUCACUGUGCUUCUGAAAAUGGUCAAUCAUUCCAGCAGACUUUGCUUGCCUCAAACUCUGACUGAAGUUUACAUAUACUUUCUACUCAUUGAGACAAACAGGAAGAACCAAAAGUAUGCUGAUGGUUUUGAACCAGAUGGACAUAAACUGCUUGAGUGCAACAGUGAGAUUAUUUUAAAACUGUCCAAACUAGCAUAUAAAGAACUUAAGAAGCGUAAUAUCUUGUUUUACGAAAAAGACUUGAAAGAGUGUGGCAUUGACGUAAAUGAGCCAUCAUUGUACUCUGGGAUGUGCACUGAGUUUUUCAAAAGCGAAGAUGUUUUCAUCAAACAUAAAGUUUUUUGUUUUGUGCAUCUGAGCAUUCAGGAGUUUCUGGCUGCUUUCUUUGUGUUCUACUCUUAUGUGAAUAAGACCAAAGAAGCCCAGAAUCUUUUUACUGCCCAAGGAGAUGAAGACACAGAUACUGCCAUACAGGGCCACAUUUCUAAGACAAAAGCUUUCUUUACAAAUAUAGCAAGAAGUCUGAGAGGCUGUUUUAGAGGUGAUUUGAAAGCCCCUUCUGAAGACACCAGAAAACUGGAGUCUGGACAACUUUCCAUGUCUGCUUUCUUACAAACUGCAGUAGACAGAUCUGUAGAGAGUGAGGAUGGACACCUGGACCUUUUCCUUCGCUUCCUCUUGGGUAUCUCACUGGAGUCCAACCAGAAACGCUUGCAAGGACUUCUGACGAACAUAAAGAGCCGCCCAGACAGCACCAAGAAAAUAGCACAGUACGUUAAAGAAAUUCUGAGUGACGACACCAAAUCUACGGAAAGAUGCAUGAAUCUCUUACUGUGUUUGCUUGAACUGAAAGACGACUCCCUUCAGCAAGAGAUUCAGCAGUAUAUGAACUCAGGAAAAGAGCUCUCACCUGCCCAAUGUACAACCCUGGCCUAUAUCAUUUUGGUGUCAGAAGAUGCCCAGGAUGAGUUUGACCUCAUAAAAUACAAGACAACAAGUGAGGGGCGUAGGAGACUGCUUAUGGUGCUAAGGAUUUGCAGGAAAGCCAAAUUGGUUGGUUGUGAUCUUGGAGAAGAUUCCUGUGGAAUCCUAAGAUCCACUCUUCAGUCAGAAAACUCACUGCUGAAAGAGCUUGACCUCAGCGGUAACCCUCUGGGGAAUUCUGGAGUGAAUGUGUUGUCCACUGGCCUGAGCCACACUAACUGCAGAGUGGAGACAUUGAGACUUGCUGACUGUAAACUUACAAGCAGCGCUUGCCAACCAUUGGCCACGGUUCUGCAGUCAGACGACUCCCACUUGAAAGAGUUGGAUCUAACCAACAACGACCUGACAGAUUCUGGAGUGAAGGAGCUGUGUGCAGCACUGGGACACAAGAACUGUAAACUGGAGGUUUUGAUGCUCUCUGGGUGUCUCAUUUCACAUAGAAGUUGUGAGUUCUUAGCCUCAGCACUGUCAUCAACCAACUCCAACUUAACUGUACUCGAUCUGAGCUACAAUUAUCCAGGGAGUGGAGGGAUACAGUUGCUGUCAAAUAGCAAACUAAAAAUCAAUGUUGAUAGCUGUUCAGAAGUCAGGCUGAAAAAAGGAAUAAAGAAGUGUAAUUCAUAUUCACAAUCAUUGCUUUUGUGUGACCAUGUGACCCUUGCUAAUCGUCUAAAUCAUAGCCCAUACAUAGACAUGUUCUUGCUAAUUGUAUUGUUGUGUGCAGAUGCCGGUGAGCUCACCCUGGACCCAAACACAGCACACAAGUACCUCUAUGUGAGCAAGGACAUGAAGAUGGCCAAGUAUGUGGAGGAGGAGCAGCCAUACCCGGACCAUUCAAACAGAUUUGACUGCUACCGACAGGUCCUGUGCACAGAGCCUCUACAUGGACGCUUUUACUGGGAGGUAGAGUGGAAAGGCUUCUUUGUUGUUGGAGUGGCUUAUCAAAGCCUUCGCAGGGAUGGUGAGCUUGAUGGGUGUCUGCUAGGAUACAAUAAAUGGUCGUGGUGCCUGGAGUGUAACUUCAAUGAGUUCACUGUUAUGCACAAUAAGAAGCGUUUUGAUGUACCUGCCCCCAACUCUGAGGAAUAUAGAAUAGGAGUUUAUUUGGACUGGUCGGCUGGCACUCUGUCCUUCUACAACCACUCGUUUGACAGUAGGAACCACCUGUACACGUUCCACUGCACGUUCACUGAGCCCCUCUAUGCAGCGUUUGGGGUCUGUAGAGACAAGUCCUUCAUCAGACUAUGCCAGAUCUAACAGACGCCUGGGACCAGUGACUGGAUAAAGAGCAGCAGUAGCGUCGUCAUCUGACAAAUGGUUGGCUUGAGUUUGAUCCCGAACCCGCUUUUGUGAGACUGUUGUUGUCGCUUUGGAUGAAGGCAUUUGAAUUAAAUUGAAAACAAUUAUACUGUAGGUGCAUCAUAUCAUUUGAUGUUAUAGACUUUUGUAGGUCAACAUGUACAAUUAGUUCUCAAUCUUAAAGGGACACCAGGCAACGUUUUCAUGUUAAUUAAUCAUCUUCGUAAGUCGGUAUAUGGUUAAAU